UCCAAUUACAGAAUAAGAACUAAAACUUAGGAGGUGAUACCAAAAAGCUCUGGGUCACACAACACUCGUUCUCUUACAAAAAAAAAAAUGCUUUAUAAGCAAUAUUCUAGUGAUCUCCAAAUUUUCUGUACUCAUCGCCAUUCAGAAAAAGAAAUUUUGAAUACAUAUUUCAAAAUAAAAUUAUCACUCUGUGUAUUUCGCACAGUACUAGAAUAAAGUAAAUCUAAGAAGUUCUAAUAUGUUCCCUUGCACCCACACACCCAAGUAACUACUACCUAAUACCUGCAGGCCAAUGCAUAUGUUACUGAAUUUUUUUUCUAUUGAAUAUUUUAAAAGACUAUACAGCAGUCAUCUAAAAGUUAGGGAGUUUGGACUUUUUUUUUUUUCUCUGAAUAUACAUUCCAGAAUAGCUUGUCUUAAAACACUCGCUUUUAAUCUCCUACUCAUGAAAUAUACACAGAGUAAAAGCGCUCGCUUAAGUUCUGCCUUCAGGGUUUACACACAAAACAGUUGCUCUUUCCAUGAAUUAUCACAAUAUUAUCUGAAGUCUUAUUGGUCCCACAGCCGUUUCUCUAUCCUAGAGUCUUGUGUUCCGCAAUUCCCAAUCGGGAUUCCUCUUCGGUUCAUUUCCACAAGAGAAGAGGGAAUAGAAAUGCCAUCAUAAAACCUCCAAACAUAACAAUUUAAUUUUUCUAGAUAAUACAAUCUGCGUUGUCAUGACGCUGGGGUUUAACAACAAAUCGAAGUGCUAUUUGCAUACAUCUCGUAAACAGACUAAGUUGUUGCCGGUGAGGUCUCAGAUUCGCGCUAAGAGCCGGAUGUCCGAGCCCACCCAUCCCUUCAAGCUACUCCCCCUCAGCCGAGGGCCGGUAGGGGCCGGGCGCCGGGUCCCACAGCCCCAGCCGGAUUUGUCAGCCCCGCCGGCGGAGCCCGAGGAGGGGCCCAGCGGCGACUGGCAAGUUUCCCGCGGUUCAGGAGACCUGUGUCGCCCGCAGAGACAGCCCGAAGAUCCCCGCCGGCGGGCUGGCCCACUCGGGCCCGCGGGGACACCCUGGACACCGCCGCAGCUCCGGUGACCGAGCCACCACCAGGUGGGCUGGAGGGCGCCGGCUAAGGGGGCAGCGACAGGGGAUGGAUCCGGAGCAAGGGAGAGCGACAGCGCGCGCCCU